AUGGUCGAGUUCAUACCUCCUCCAGAGCCGCGAGACCUGCUGCCUCCGUUACUGGCCUGCUUGCCCACGGCUUUUGUCUCGACUCGUCCUCCCCCCGCACUUCUCCCCCUCCUGUCCCCCAUCCUGCGCCAGCGCGUCCAGAUCUUCAGCUCCGUCUCGGACACGCCCUCUGAUUCCUGGAUCCGCUUACUCUGCUGGGGAGAUGUCAAGGCCGACCAUGUGUCGCGCAUCCUCGAUGGCAUGGUCUUCGAACCGCACCCUGUUUCGGGAGAGAUCGAGGUGCCGGAGGAUCUGUCCGUGACUUACAAGCGUGUCGACGAGGAGACACUGCACUCGAAGAUCACCCUUCCGGAAUACCAGAUCAGUCUGUUGUACCUUUGGUGCUCGAAUGACCCGGACGGCGCUGGUCCUGGCUGGCGCAUUGCGGAGCUGCAGCCCCGCGAAAACGCUGAUGACACCCCGACCUGGGCAGACACGAUAGGAGAUGCGAAUGACCGGUCAAGGGAGCAGAUCAUCGACGAAGCAUUGAAGGCUGCAGAAAGUCACCCCGGCGCUGCUGUACAAGACCUGCGUGAGGAACAAGAGGACGACGACGACGAUUACUGGGCACAGUACGACAACACACCGGGAAGGACUCCAUCCAUCAAGACACCUGCUCCUCGCAGCAUGGUUCCGCCCCCAGUCGUGUCUGAGGACUUGUACUUUUCUCGCUACGCAGACGUGCAGCCUGCAAUGGACAACCACGAUCCAGAGGAGGAGGUUGAUGAGCCCGGUACAUCGACUAUCAACGGGGAUCUAUUUGCAAAUAUCCUACAACAACACAGUAGAGCGCGGGACAUCCAAGACUUUACUGCACUCGCCGAGCCUGAGCAUGAUCCGGAGCACGCCGAAGCUCUGAGCCAUCCUCGACCGUCGUCUGCUUCGUCGGGCUCGGCUGUAGCUAAGCUGGAACUGGAAGCGGAGAGUCAAUCGGCGUCGGAGGUCGCCAUCAAACAGCAUAUUGGCACCAGCAUCAAGAGCCUUUACCGGCUGGCGAAGACGAGCGGGAUGGCGCGACAGGAGUUCCAGCGCCUGAUCCGCAACGAGAUCGAGCUCCUCAGUUUGUCGGAUGAUGAAUGA